AUGAAGUACUAUCCGUACGAGCCCGCUGAUCGAAGUCCAUCCUCUCAGUCUUCGUAUGAAUGGGAUCCCGAUACAAUGGAUCACGAGCAAUUGAUUCGAAGAACCUCAUGGGAUCGGAGGCAGCUGAUGAGGCAGAAGACUCAGAUUGAAUUAGAUCUUGUAACUGGUCGUCGAUUUGAUGAGGAAGACUUUCUACGCCAACUCAGACAACUUGCACAAAUAUCGCAUGAUAUGUUGAUGUGCGAGUUCAUGCUUCAUUGCGCUAGACGCUGGCCAUCGGAGGCUGACGAUUGA